CUCCAACCUCCAACUUCUCUCACUUUUUCUUCGAUCUACACCCACGCUCGCUACAUCAUGUACUACACUCUCGCAGUCCUCACUGCGCUCGCCUCCUCUGCUGCAGCAGUGGGUAACGCUGUCGUGGUGAACAAGUGCAGCAGUACUAUCUACGCAUGGUCCGUCGGUUCGUCUGUCGGUACCAAGCAAACUAUCGCAACAGGCAAGAAUUUCACCGAGCCACUCCACAGCGAUGCCAAAUCCGGCGGCAUCGCCCUCAAGAUAACGACCGUGGACGACGGGCUGUACAAUGGCUCGCCUCAGCAGAUUUUCUCGUAUAGUUUGGAUGGGGCUUCGGUUUGGUACGUGUACGAUCUUAGCACUGCCUUCGGUGAGCCGUUUCUCGGAAAACGUAUUACGGUGACGAGUACUGGGAGUCCGUCUAUCGUUUGGGCGAACGGGUCAAAUCCGGGGGGAAGCCAAGUCAAGGUUGGAGUCAGUGGGGUGGAUGUUGUGUUUACGGGCUGUGCUUGAUUGCCACUGAUGAUAUGGUAAUAUUACGGUGCGCUAUGGGAUGUGGUAGGGUUAAUGGUAUAGGUGAUAGGGAGGACAGCCACUCUGUACCGCAGAGUCAAAAUUCCUAUGCGACGGAAACACCUCACUUGAGUUCUAAAUGUUUCUGAGUGCCUGGAACUUAC